AUGAGUGAGAAAGUAAAGCGUGGUCGGGCUCUUGCCUCUGGUAUCAAGCACCGAGUUUCGGCAGGUCUUCCCACCGCCGCCGUGGUCAACUGCGCGGAUAACUCCGGAGCCAAGAACUUGCAUAUCAUCGCCGUGUGCAAUAUUGGAGGACGAUUGAAUAGGUACCCCAAGGCCGGAUCUGGAGACAUGGUCAUGUGCUCUGUCAAGAAGGGAAAGCCCGAACUUCGUAAGAAGGUCAUGCCCGCAGUGAUUGUCAGACAACGCAAAGCAUUCCGCAGAAAGGAAGGAGUCUUUAUCCACUUUGAAGAUAGUGCCGGCGUUAUUGUCAACAACAAGGGAGAAAUGAAGGGUUCCGGUGUGUCCGGACCCGUUGCAAAGGAAUGUGCCGAGCUUUGGCCCCGUAUUGCUGCCAACGCUGGUUCUAUCUUGUAAAUUCUCUAAGGAUCAACAAAUACACCAAAACCGACAAACAAUAUCAAUACUAUUGCAAUCCCAAACAUGAAAGUGACGGCUCUACGUCUUGCUGGACAUCUAGCUAGAGUUUGCCCAUCUCACCAAGGGCGGGCAGAUCGGCACAACUAUCCCUGUGCACGCAAAUGUUGAACAACAGGCCUUUAGAGUAGCUCUUCUUAUUUAGCUAAUACUUCACUGUCACU